AUGUCGCACGUAACAACUAGAAGUAUGGUAGCUGCUGAGAAGCUGCGCCAGGCCCAAAGUCACCUCAAGGAUGCUGAGGAGCUGAACGAACGCCUACUAAAGGAGCGCUAUGAACUGGAGUAUCAGAAUAAGCAGCUUAAGGCAAAAAACGACAGUUUGAAUGAUAAAAUUAAGACUUUCCGUACCACCUGUGACGAUCAACAACUUGAGCUGACUAGACUGCAAGACGUGAUCGAGUCAUUCUCCAGCUUACAAGGAGAACUUGAUUUAAAAAACGACAGGAUUCGGUGCUUGCAAGAACAGCUGCGAGAGGCACAUGACGAGCUAUCGGACCUCCAUUCACAAAGGGACAGUCUUCAGCAGUCUAACAGUAUGUCUCUUCAUCAAGAAAUAGACGAUUUCACCGAUGGAGCUCGUCUUUCCCUGCUGCCCACCAAACCGCUGGCGGCCGGGGCAGCCGGCGGGGGGGGGCGGCGAGGCAGGAGACGCGCGCGCUCGCAGCGCCCCGGACCCGAGGCGCCCGCGCCGUCUCCUCCCGCCGCGCGCUCGCCCUCCCCCACCGCCGCACCGCACCCGGCCACACACCAGAGCGCGCCCGCGCCGACUGAAUGCCGUGAGCCACCGUCGCGGCCGCCGCCGUCGCCGCCGCUGCCGCUGUCGCCGGCGCUGCCGCCGGCGCUGCCGCCGGCGCCGCGGCCGGCGCCGCGGCGGCGACGUCAGCAGCGGCAGCCCUCAUAUUUAAAAAACUAG